AGCAAUGAAUGCCCAGAAGAACGCAGAAAGAGCAGCUAUGAGAGCUCACUUCAGAAGAAAAUACCAGCUGUCUGAGGACUACAGGGACACAAACCACCUGAGGUCUGUUGGAGGGAGAGUGUCACUCCCCCACGAGCUGUUGAAGAUCAUUCACCCUGAGAGCAAAAGCAAGGACAACGGCUUCAACCUGCUGAAGGCUUUCCAGGGACUCAGCCUGGGCACAGAAACAUUUGCUUGGAGGAAACACAACAAGACGUCCACUCCCACACCAGCGAGAGAGAACACCUACCACACUAACCGGUUCCUGGAAACAAAAAACACACCACAGCCAGCAACAACCAAUAGGAUCGUCACAGUCAGCAUUGUCGUGUUUAUGACCACAGAGAAGCUGGAGAACGUUUUAAUAGCGUUAGAACACAUUCAAGGAUAUGAGGUUGUGGAUGGAGGAGGGAAAAAGUCAGUCGCUGAGGAGUCAACAGUGAGGACAUCACUGACAGGAAACUCCAACCAGCAAACUCAUUUUGUAUGGAUCAAGAGGAGCAUGUUCAUCGGAGUGACUGUGAGUUUCAGAGCACAGGGGGCUUUAGGCUCCAGGAAUCUUUGUGGAGUCAAGCCGCAGAGAUCCCUCUGUAUGACCACAGCAGAUACGGUGGUCGAGGGAAAGUCAGAGAGAAGAAAAGGAUCAGACAGUGCUGGAGCGAGUCAGAGAAGAGUUGGUGAACAGGUGAAGAGCUUUGAUGAGAUCCCUCACACAGGGAGGAGUGGCUGGGUCAACCUGGUGAAGUUCUGGAGAGAGGAUCGUUUCAGGCAGCUCCACAAGCACAUGGAGAAGACUUUCAGCGCACUUGGCCCCAUUUACAGGGAACAUGUAGGCACCCACAGCAGUGUGAACAUAAUGUUGCCAUCUGACAUCAGCGAGCUUUUUCGCUCAGAGGGCCUGCACCCCCGUCGCAUGACACUGCAGCCCUGGGCGACACACCGAGAAACAAGACAGCAGAGCAAGGGAGUCUUUCUCAAGAACGGCGAGGAGUGGCGAGCUGACCGUCUGCUGCUCAACAAGGAGGUGAUGAUGACUGCAGCCGUGAAGCGCUUUCUCCCGCUGCUUGAUGAGGUGGCGAGUGAUUUCUGUCGAAUGCUGCAGACAAAAGUGGAGAGGGAGGGGAGAGGCGAGAAGGGGAGACGCAGCCUGACCAUGGAUCCAAGUCCUGACCUCUUUCGCUUUGCAUUAGAAGCCAGUUGUCAUGUAAUCUAUGGUGAGCGUAUUGGCCUGUUCUCCUCUUCUCCCUCCAUGGAGUCUCAGAAGUUUAUUUGGGCCGUGGAGCGAAUGCUGGCAACCACACCUCCUCUCCUCUACCUGCCCCCUCGUCUGCUGCUCCGUAUCGGCGCUCCCUUGUGGACACAGCAUGCAAGUGCAUGGGACCACAUCUUCAGCCAUGCGGAGGCAAGGAUCCAGAGAGGGUACCACCGGCUGUCAUCCUCUAAGAAAAAGGGGUCUGAGAAUGGAGCAGCUGGAGGGCAGUACACCGGGGUCCUGGGACAGCUUUUAGAGAAAGGGCAACUGUCCCAGGACCUCAUCAAAGCCAACAUCACUGAACUGAUGGCAGGAGGGGUCGAUACGACAGCCAUGCCUCUGCAGUUUGCUCUUUUUGAGCUCGGGCGUAACCCAGAGGUGCAGGAGAGGGUGAGGCAGCAGGUAAGGGCGUCAUGGGCACAGGCUGAGGGUGAUCCGCAGAAAGCCCUGCAGGGGGCUCCACUUCUGAAGGGCACAAUCAAAGAGACUCUCAGGUUGUAUCCAGUGGGAACCACGGUGCAGCGAUAUCCAGUCAAAGAUAUCAUCCUUCAAAAUUACCACAUACCUGCUGGGACGAUGGUGCAGGCCUGCCUUUACCCCAUGGGGAGGAGCGCAGAGGUGUUUGAAGACCCACAGCGCUUCUACCCCGGCCGGUGGGGCAGCAGCAAAGAGGAGGGCAUGAGCGUGGAGGGGGCAGGGUUUCGCUCUUUGGCAUUUGGGUUUGGGGCGAGACAGUGUGUUGGACGAAGGAUUGCUGAGAACGAGAUGCAGCUUUUGCUCAUGCAUAUCCUGCUGAGCUUCCAUCUCAGUGUGUCAUCCUCAGAGGACAUCAAAACCACAUGCACCCUCAUCCUCCAGCCUGAGACUCCUCCAAGAAUCACUUUCAGAAAACUCUGAUGCACAAACACAGACUCACUCACAA